GUUCUACAGUAUUCGGUAGCCUGAAAACCAUUUGCGUGCAUGCCGUGCACCUUACCUUUUUCUCAGUUUAUGUCGUGAUAUCUGGUCAUAACUCAUUGUUAAUUUUUCAAAAAAGUCACUUGCCUUGCUGACACUAUCUAUGGUCCGUGUAGUCAUCGUAAUUGAGAGGCUUAGCUCUAACCCUAUACUCCAGAGAGGUGGCUCAUUUCUUGAAUCUACCCCAGAGGAUUUUGGAUUUCCACCGUGAUUCGUGUAUUUAGGAGAUUUUUUUCAGUGUGAUAGCUUAUUUUGACAGGUUGCUAGUAUACAUCGGAUAGUGACAAGUAUCACUGGUAGAUUUGUCUUCUCCACAAAGCGGUACAAUGAAACACCAUGAAACCUAACAGGUGGCAAAGGAUCUUCCCUCGACGUCUCAAAAAUUGGUGACGAAAAGUUUCGGACCUAAUUGCAUCUCAGCCUCACCGAUAAAAAUUUCACAUUUAUUGUCUUACUACUCUCGUCGUCUCACUGGAGAAUUUGAUCGAAAGAAGUUUUUAUGUGAAUGCUUGUUAAGGCACUGUGUACCAUGGCCGUAAGAUGUAUUCUUAGGAAUUCAGUCAACUAUGUAACGCUGUUUGUGGCUGUAUUUAUUGGUGAUUUGGUACAUGGUGAUUGUGGAGGCUUUGAUUUUGAAAAUGGGGUUGAAGCAUUAUCUACCUGGAAAAAAACUGGACAAGCCUUCGAUAACCAACCAAUAUACAGAGAUAACCCCGGAAUACGGGACCAGGGAAUUAAGACAAACGUACAGGGUGAAUGGUGGAUAGCAACGUUUGCAAACAGAACCAAUGCUACUUUGCUGGGUGAUUACCCUAUCGGUACUCUUACCUCACCAAGUUUUCGCAUCAAGGGAUCUAAUAUCAACUUUCUACUCGGUGGUGGAUGCGACGCAGGAAAAAUCAGGGUGGAACUUUUGGUGAAUGGGAAGGUUCAGCGCACAGCUUUUCCUGACAACUGCCGUGAUCGCAUGCGAAGAAAGUUCUGGAAUGUAGCCCAGUUCAAUAGCAAUAUUGGUCAGAUACGGCUGGUUGAUGCAUCAAGAAAGGCACAUGUCAAUUUUGAUGAUUUGAAAGGAGAUUUUAGCUGCACCGAUGUGGGGAAGACUUUUUCAGACCUCCACGACGAUAAUUAUGGUGGUGAAGAUGAGUUUGUUCUUGUAGACGAGCCUUUGGACCCUGUAAACCCAGUCAGUAGCGAUACUAAAUCUCAGGACAAUGCAGUCAUAGGAACUGAGGACGACUACAACACGAUGCAGAUGAAGCCAACGCAAAAACUUCAUGAUGGAUCCAUAAAAAUCGGAAAAGGCAGACCUCUUUAUAAAGGCUUGCUGGGAGCAGCAAGAGCUAAAAACAUUUUCGAAGCAAAGACACCAUCUAAACCGCCGCCGUUGAGACCUGUAGCUGCCUCUAAGCCUUUCAUGGCUCCAACUGCCAAGCUGGCCCAUAAACAAUCCUUCAGGGAUUCAGACAACAAGUCCGCUCUGCCCAGAGACGACGAAUUAAGGAAUCUCACCUGCAAGAACUUCAUCGUAGAAAUAAAAACUGGACUACCAUGGGACAACGAUUUCCUUUUUCCGUCAAAUGCGAAUUACCAAGCCACCAGAAGAGCAACAGAACUCAAGGUUCUCAGAGCAUUUGACGAAAAUAAGGACUUUAGGGGGGCAUUUUUUGAUAAAUUUAGUUCUUCAGAGGAGCCGAGUGGUGUAAAGGCUUAUUUUCUCCUACGAUUCAGAGCAAAUGGGAAAUUUAUUGGAAAACUGUUGGAUAACCUUGGACCAGGAAAUGUUUCAGCGGCAGGCUGUUAUCCAGAUACUCCAAUUACCCAAUGUUCCAGUUCCUGUCCAUCGACCUGUGCACCCGCAUGCCUUUAUUCUUGUUGUCAACCGUCCGUUUCUGCCCCAGCCGCUCCUCAACCAGUUUAUCAGCCCGCUCCUGUACACCUGCCACCUCCACUUCCCCCGCCUCCUCCGCCUCCUCCGCCUCCACAGCCAGUUGCAGUAAUGGCGCCCAGCCCGCAAGUUUAUCAACCGCCGCAGCGACAAUGGAAUGUGCAAAUAACUGGCCAAGCCACCAUUCCCCCACCACGAGCGUUAUCCCCUCAGUAUCCGAUGUCACAGCCUUUGAGUUGGCCCGGAUCCCAAUGUUCUUCGAGGUGCUCUCCUACUUGUGCACCAAUAUGCUCACCAAUCUGUUGCCAGUUUUAUAACUCUGAGCGAAAUGAGGAAAUUAAAAAAACCUUGAAGAAGGAGGCUGUUCAGGAAGAGAAACAUUAGCAAGUCCAUGUGUAGCACGUUGAAACGUGACGUAGGUAGACAAUCACGGUCACUCCUCUACUAGGAGUCAAAUUUUGAAAGCUAGCACCUUCACUUCUGUAGAGGACAAUAGGUCACGAGUCCCUUUUGCAUGUAAAUCCAAGUUUGCAUUCUCUUUUUUAACCAGACUAAACUAUUUGUUCAAAGAAGUUCUAGAGUACUUUAGUAGUACGAAAGAAAGAGUCGAAAAAAGUAAAAAAAUUGACUGAAAAUAGAAACGUUCUAAAUAAUUUUACCCAGAACAAUUAAUUUGUCGUCAGCUGGCUGUACAUACACGAAGCUAAGCCUUCUGUGAAUAUUCCUCUGUUCACCACCUCAAAUUUACAUAUAUCUAAUAUUUUUUUCCAUUGGCAGACCAAUAGCUUAUCAACAAUAAAUUAAACUUAGCAUAGACACAAAAAAUUAAUAAGUGGCGAGUGAUUUGAGGGACUGCUCAAGCAGACUACUGUCUCAUUAUGGGUUUCUCUUAAAAAUCAUAUAAAAUACAAUUACUGAGAUGAGUAUGGUGGUAAGCUCGCCGCGACACGGAAUGAGAAUGCGUCAUAUCUAAGUUAAAAUGCCCUUCGAGUAAUUCUCUGCGUAGUCACUUCGCCUCAGGCGGUGAAUACUUGUUGAAUAGUGUUGUCUAUAAACAGAAUUUUGAUCGAAAUAAAUCUACCAGUCUAAAAGUUCACUCUUAUUAUUCAACAGAGUCAACAUUAGCCGUCGAUGAUCCUUUAAGGGCUGUAUAGAUUUUAUCCAGAAUGGCAUGUAGUAAUUUUUGUGAUUUUGUUAUUGUGUAUAGAUUUAGUGAUGAAAUAAAA